UGGCCCCCGAUUAUUAUGUUUUUCCAAUAUUUUAUUUUCCCAAUUAAAUGUGUAAAUUAUUUUCAAUCUCUCUCUCUCCCCAAUUCCCAAUCUCCCAUCGUUUAGUUAUUCCCUUUCUCUCUCACACACAAAAACACCCAUUUUAGUAAACCCUAAUCUCUACUGAUCUCUAUCUAUCUCUUCUCUCUCAACUCCUGUUCUCCAAAAAUGAUCAAUUAGGGUUUUCAAGCAUUGAAUCACACAUAUAAUGUCAGAUUCUUCGAUGUCUCGAGUUACAAUCACUCUCGGUCGUAGUGGUCAGGUUGUAAAGAGAGCUGGAGCAGUGUUGGAUAGUGCAUAUACGGAUCCAGUGCCAGCGGUUGGAGCUAAGAGAUCUGUUCAUGAUAGACUUGGAACUCAGCCAAGCAAUAAGAGGCAUCGAGGCAAUGAUAAUGUUCUGAAUUCAGCUAAUGGCGUAGAUGCUGAAGGUGUGCCUCUUCGGAAAGAUGAUCUCCGUUACAAAAUCAUGCAGAAAAGUGGAAAGAAGGGAACUGAAGGUGACAGCCCACUGAAUGGAGUUGACCUACGGGAAAUUCUGUCGAGGCAAGCACGUCCUUCAACGAGUGUAGGCAUGCAGCCGCUCAUGCCUGAGGAAAAGAAUGGGAGACCUAAUAGUGGUGAAGGCAGGCAACUAAUUUCUGAGCCAAGGGGAGCUAGACCACAUAUGCGAGAGGACCCUGAUAUUAGACAGAGGCUACCUGAUACAAGGGAAGUUAGACAGCGGAUGCCAGAGCUGAGGGAAGUUAGACAGCGGUUGCCGGAGCUGAGGGAGGUUAGAGAACGUGUUCCAGAGAUGAGGGACGUUAGGGAACGGGUGCCAGAGAUGAGGGAUGUUAGGGAGAGGGUGCCGGAGAUGAGAGAGGUUAGGGAGCGGCUACCUGAGAUGAGGGAGAUCAGAGCUCGGAUACCAGACAGAAGGGAAGUUAGAGAGCGUAUACCCAACAGAAAUGAUGUAAGAGAGCAUAUUCCUGAACGAAGGGAGGGAAGGGAGCGGAUGCUUGAGGUAAGGGAGGUUAGGCAGCGCAUACCUGAGACAAGGGAUGAUCGGCCACACAUGCCUGAACCUACUGGUGCUAGCAUAAUGCGACGUGUCCCUUCUUCAAGGGUCAUAGAUGCUACGCCUCAUAUUGAUUCCUUCAGAAAUUCCUAUUCUCCCAUGACAAUGGAUCGUUUAAGGCGAAGAUCACCAGAUGGUGUUUUAGUUAAUUCUAGAGGUACCUCACCGCCAAGGAGUUUGGACGAAUUACGGAGAAGGGAGUUAAUCAGGUCAUAUGAUGAUGGUAGAUCGGCUGCUUAUAUGAGGAAAGACAGUUUUGAGCUUCCUAGACCCAUGGGCACCACAUCGUAUAGGACGAAUUCGGCUCUAGCUGCCGGACCUGAAAAGCGAGUGGGACCUACAUUAGCAGUACCAUCUCCAGCUGGCGUCAUCAUGCACAGAAGUUCAUACGCAGUUAAUGAACCACAUACUGUUGACGGCUUUUUGCGUGCAUUGGGCUUGGAAAAAUAUGCAAUAAACUUCAAGGCAGAGGAAGUGGAUAUGCAUGCAUUGAGACAAAUGGGAGAUAAUGACUUGAGAGAUCUUGGGGUACCUAUGGGACCAAGGAAGAAGAUUCUUCUUGCACUAUUGCCUCGUACCAGACGGCAAAUGUGAUCAUCGAAGCCAAGUAGAUGCAGAGGGGAGGAGGGUGGGGAGUUUUUUUCUUCCUUCUCAGAUGCUGGGUAAAGAGGAUGCACUUCAUUUCAAAAUUUAAUGGAUGUUAGAUGUUACUGCUACCAACUGUGGAGUGCAGAAAUCUGUUUGAGAUCAUAUUGUUGCUCUGAUGUUUUUUGUAUGUCUCUGCCUUAAGUAACAAUUCUUUACAUCUCAGGGAAAAUAGAUUGGGAAUCUUAUUCUUCUCAUCUGCAAAUUUGUCCUUUUAUAUCUUUUAUUUUCGUUAAUAGUUGCGUCAUUGGCCUGAAUACAAGUAUUCUCAUUUUAAUCCUUGUGCAAAUUUAUACUUGUAAUUUUCAUUGUUUACCAUUCCUUUUCAA